GAAGUUAUAGCAAUUCUAGACAAUUCUGGUGUUGGCCUUUAGAAGAAAUUUGUUUGCGAUAGUGUAUUGCAUACGUGUAUUAAACGACAAGGAGUUUUAAUUGUAGAAGAAUAUAUCAAAAAUUUUUGAAACACUUUAAUAUGUGCUAUAUCUGAUAUUAUUCAUACAAAAUGUCACUAUUUAAUGAGAAAUUUAAUGUACCCAGUAAUUUCAACAUAAAAUAUUCUGACAGUAAAGACACAUCACAUUAUUACCAGAAAUUAGCUGCUCCAACACACGGCUAAUGCUACCAAAGAAGUUUCCUUAGAAAAGUUAACAAAAUUAGAUUUUUCCUUCAUAAGUAACGACACUAGUCAUUGAAGUAGGUACCUAAUCCGAGAGGUUAAAUAUGAAAUAAGGUAUUAUGUACUACUAUAUCGAUGAAGAAGAACAAAAAAUGAAGGGUACUCUGCGCGACUGGCGAAAAGCCCUGAGAACACCGAUUACAUACAGAGUUGGUAAUGCUGUUCGUAUACAACCACAAUUAGUUGUUUUAAUGACAUCAAUGGGAACUUUUCUGCUUUUAUUAGUCUAUUACUGGUGGACAUCAGUGCAGGGGCCCCCUGUAAUUCAGUGGAUCCACAGAACGAGACAAUACAACACUACAUAUCCACUAACUAGACCUGUUAUAGCAGGGGAUUAUAUUACAUUCCGGAUUGGCAUUGUAGCUGAUCUUGAUACUAAUUCUAAGAGCUCAACAAAAGCAUAUUCUUUUCAUAGUUAUUUAAAAAAGGGCCAUUUAGUUUAUAAUCGCGUUAAGAACAGUGUGACAGUGACUUGGGAUUCUCAGCAACCGACUUUGUUAACAUCCAUGUAUUCACAUAAAGGGCGUGGUAUGGAAUUGUCUGAACUAAUUGUUUAUGAUGGUAGACUGCUCACAUUUGAUGAUCGAUCAGGCAUGGUUUUCGAAAUAAUAUCUAACAAAAUGGUGCCAUGGUUAGUGUUGACUGAUGGUAAUGGUCAUGUCGAAAAAGGCUUUAAAUCAGAGUGGGCCGCAAUGAAAGAUGAAAUUCUAUACAUAGGAUCUAUGGGCAAAGAAUGGACAACUUCCAGUGGAGAGUUUGAGAACUAUGACCCAAUGUGGGUAAAAGCUGUUAAUAUAAAUGGAGAGGUUCAACAUUUGACAUGGGUAAAUCGAUAUAAAGCCAUAAGAAGUUCAAUCGGGGUACAAUGGCCUGGUUAUGUUAUACACGAGUCAGGAGUCUGGUCACCUCACAAGCAACUAUGGCAUUUCCUGCCGAGGAGGUGUAGUUACGAACAAUACAAUGAAACAAAGGACGAAAUUAAGGGUUGCAACUACCUUAUUACUGCAGAUGAUAAUUUCAGAAAUAUUAAAGCUAACAAGAUAACAAAAUUUCAACCAAAGCAUGGCUUCUCAUCGUUCAAGUUUAUACCUGGAUCUAAUGAUGAGGCCAUAGUGGCUUUGAAAACAACUGAGUUUGAAGGCAAGACCGCGACAUACAUAACAGCAUUCACCACUGAUGGCUUGGAGUUACUAUCCGAUACUUUUGUGGAAAACAUGAAAUAUGAGGGCAUCGAGUUUUUGUGAUUGUGAUUUGUGAUAAAUCUAUUUAAAUGUAAAUUUGUAAUAUAGAAUUGAAAUUGUUGA